CGAAGCGCGGAUUCGAAAGUUGCGACUCAGCGGGCGGCGGAUGCUUCGAACUGUAACUCGGCGAGCGGAAAGGGCAAGCUUCUUCUCCGUCAGGUUGGAGAAGAAAUAGAGAAAAUGUUUCUUAAAGUGCAGUUGCCAUGGAAUGUCAUAAUUCCCUCCGAGAACUUAGAUGCAAAGGGCUUGAUGCUCCAAAGGUCGAUUAUAAUACGUUUAUUAGAUGAAUUUGCCACGAAAAAGGCCACGAAGGAUCUCGGAUAUUUCCUUGCAGUUACAACACUGGAAAAUAUAGGAGAAGGGAAGGUUCGACAGACUGGAGACGUCUUAUUUCCAGUUGUCUUUAGUGGUAUCACCUUCAAGCUGUAUAGGGGAGAGAUCUUGGAGGGGGUUGUUCACAAGGUACUCAAGCAUGGCGUUUUCUUGAGAUGUGGCCCUGUUGAGAACAUAUAUCUCUCUUAUCUGAAAAUGCCAGAUUACCGCUACGUGCCGGGCGAAAAUCCCGUCUUUAUGAAUGACAAGCUCUCAAAAAUUGAAAAAGAUGUAGUAGUACGUUUCAUUGUCAUUGGGACAAAGUGGCUGGAGGCAGAAAGGGAAUUCCAGGCACUGGUUAGUUUGGAAGGUGAUUAUCUAGGGCCUGUUUCUUAAUGAAUGCUUUUGUACUCUAUACCUAAAUACGUGUGUGACAACAUUCGACUACUUUUGAUGUAAAUUAACCUUGUUAGAUGGAAGUUAAAUUUCAUGUGAAGAACAGUUAUGAAUUAUUAGAAUUUCAAGUGUCUAUCAUUCUGAUUUCGUUAGCA